CUCGACGAGAUUCGGCAUCUGGGUUUUAUUCUGAUUGAGCAAAAUGCAAUCGGAUAAUGGAAAGCUUUUCAUCGGUGGGAUAUCUUGGGACACCAAUGAGGAACGUCUCAAGGAGUAUUUCAGCAGUUUUGGAGAAGUGAUCGAGGCUGUCAUCUUGAAAGAUCGCACCACUGGUCGUGCUCGUGGUUUCGGUUUUGUUGUCUUUGCUGAUCCUGCUGUUGCUGAGAUUGUUAUCACGGAAAAACAUAAUAUUGAUGGGAGAUUGGUUGAAGCCAAGAAAGCAGUUCCCAGAGAUGACCAAAACAUGGUAAAUAGAAGCAACAGCAGUAGCAUCCAGGGUUCUCCCGGGGGUCCAGGUCGCACAAGGAAGAUAUUUGUAGGAGGAUUACCUUCUUCUGUUACAGAGAGCGAUUUCAAGACUUAUUUUGAGCAGUUUGGAACAACUACGGAUGUGGUUGUUAUGUAUGAUCACAACACACAGAGGCCUAGAGGUUUCGGAUUUAUAACCUACGAUUCCGAGGAGGCGGUUGAAAAGGUAUUGCUCAAGACAUUCCAUGAACUAAAUGGUAAAAUGGUUGAGGUUAAGCGAGCUGUUCCAAAGGAGUUAUCUCCAGGUCCAAGUCGCAGUCCUCUUGGUGCAGGUUACAGCUAUGGAGUUAAUAGGGUCAAUAACCUUCUUAAUGGAUAUGCUCAAGGGUUUAAUCCCGCUGCAGUUGGAGGUUACGGACUUAGGAUGGAUGGUCGGUUCAGUCCUGUUGGUGCUGGAAGAAGCGGGUUUGCAAAUUUCAGUUCUGGCUACGGGAUGAAUGUGAACUUUGACCAGGGAUUGCCCACAGGGUUCACGGGAGGUACUAAUUUCAAUGGAAAUGUUGACUAUGGCCGAGGAAUGAGCCCGUACUACAUUGGUAACACAAACAGGUUUGGUCCUGCGGUUGGCUAUGAAGGGGGCAAUGGAGGAGGAAACUCAUCCUUCUUCAGUUCGGUUACACGAAACCUAUGGGGAAACAACGGGGGUCUUAACUAUAACAACAACACUACAAACUCAAAUUCCAAUACAUACAUGGGAGGAUCAUCAAGUGUGAACAACACACUUAGUGGUCCAUUUGGAAAUUCUGGAGUCAAUUGGGGUGCUCCUGGAGGAGGAAACAAUGCUGUUAGUAACGAGAAUGUGAAGUUUGGUUAUGGAGGAAACGGUGAAUCUGGUUUUGGGUUGGGAACAGGUGGUUAUGCAGCAAGAAACCCAGGGGCUAACAAGGCAGCACCAUCGUCUUCAUUCUCUUCUGCCUCGGCAACCAACAACACGGGUUACGAUACAGCAGGACUUGCAGAGUUUUACGGGAAUGGUGCAGUUUAUAGUGAUCCCACAUGGAGAUCACCAACUCCUGAGACAGAAGGGCCUGCUUCUUUUAGCUAUGGGAUUGGAGGAGGAGGUCCUUCUUCAGAUGUUUCAGCUAGAAGUUCAUCUCCAGGUUAUGUUGGCAGUUACAGUGUGAACAAGAGACAACCAAACAGAGGAAUUGCUACUUAGUACAAUCGUUUUUGUUUUACCACGAUAUUGUAGGCGAGCCAUCACGGUGAACAAUCUGUGUCUUUUGGCGAAUCUUUUAGAUUAUCUUCUUUUCCUUCAUACAAAGCCAGUGAGGACGAAACUUGAUCAUAUCAUCACCUAGAGCUAACCAGAGAAUCCCGCAGACUUUUCUGUC